GUUCAAAGUUUGAGAUGUCAACUACCUAUCGGCUCAUUCCUUGUAUAAGUUCGUUUAUAUAAAAUUUGAGCUAUCCCGUUUAACCUGCUAAUCGGUCUGUCGAUGUCUACUCUUAAUUAAUUACUGGAUUACAUCAAGCACCAGUGACCCCACUUCAACCGUGUUAACAUCCUCAAAUUAGACCAAAUUCCAGCUUUUGAACGUUCGCAGUGAUCCGAAUCAAGGCCAAAGAGCAUCCUCGUCAGCCUACGAUAGAUAACCUUACCUUGACUGAUACCGGCAGCAGCGAUGAAGACAACUCCGUGGUCAGACUCGAAGAGACAUCAUCCCCCCAGAGCUCGAAAAUCGGCUUCCGUUAAUACAGCUCGUUACAGCUGAGAAGUCACCUGAAACCCCUUCGAAGCACGAUCCCCCGUGCGAACACCGUAAAGUUCAGCCUCGAAUUCCCGUUGUAUUUAUCGCGCAGAUUUGGACCGGGUCUCAUCGGUGGUAAAAAAGAGAGCUCGCGACGAACACGUUACUAGCAGAUCCGUGGACCGGCAGGAUCUGUUGGCAGGAUCCCGGCGAAGGUGUCCACGCAAAAGGGACCCAAUGAAACUCGAGCUGGCCGCAGCUCGCCACCGAUCGAACUGGUUUCAGGUCCUGGCCGAUGUUUAACGUGGUUCACGACUUCUGGAUCACCGAUCCAGGUGCUCUCGACUGCGCUCCGUAUGCACGAAUCCCGGCGAGGCGCAUCGUUUGCUCGUUGAACGGGGCCCCACCACCAUAGAACGAAGCCAGGCUAAACUACAGGACAAUUCCGCACAGUAGACCGUGCCAGGGUCGAGGAUACGCCUCGUGACGGGGACUUUAGCAUCGGACUCGAGGUGAGGUGGUGGCAAUGACCGUUCUCCUCGGUUGCUUCUCUUCGUCCAAACGGGACACCUUUCCUUCUCGCACCACGUACGAGAACUCGUGCCUUCUUCUUUUCGUGGGCCCUAUUCGUCGACGCUCUUCUGGCCUCCUCGUAGCCUCUACCCCCACCUCGACCUGGUUGUCGUCGCGCAGAGGUCGCCGUAUGACCGAAGGAAAAGACAUUGCCUCUUCUUCGCUAUUAUCCUUGCCUCCCUUUUUUUCUCCCUCCACGAUACUUCUUCCUGAUCUUGAUUCCACGGUCCCUUCGACCGCGAAUCGCAGGUAGCUUGGGUCCCUUUGGCACGUUUUCGAAACCGUUAGUACCAUGUUUCGAUGACGUUUGUUAGGUAAUAGGGGUGGUCAAAGAAUGCUGGACCUUUGUUAAAAAUCUAUCAAGUCUUGGGUUAAAUUUUCAUGUUCAAUUAAUUUUCAUAUUAAUUGAGGAUACCGCGAGAAAAGUUUGUAUUCACGAGAAUGGCACUCGAGUAACGGAAGAGGAAGUCUGAGAUUGCUAGGUAACGGAAUGCGAUGGAAAAUUGCAGUUUUUGUCUCGUUACAGGGCUAUAAUAGUAAAUGCCUUUUAAAAGGAUCUUAGAAUUAGUUGAGUACAAAAUAAACGAUCUUUAUUAAAUUACUCUUUAUAAAUUCAUUCGUGUAAGUACACCUAUUACAUUAAAUUAAUUCGCUAUACAUCAAGAUACACUUGAGAGAAGCCUCCCAUUACUUCUUUUUUCCAACUCUUAAAGUCUGCGAACGAGAGUGAAUUAUUUAGAAGAAGAGAUGAAUUAUUAGAAGUCUAUCAUAACAUUCGUGAUCAAAUAACUGUACGAAGCAAAGUUGUAUAAUUCUGAUGGCCGUGACUUAUCUUUGGAAGGUAAGUCACCUGUCGGUCGGACAGGUGUAUCGUGUAGUGGACACAGCGCCCUCAUACGAUCCUAAAUCCAAUCGGAGAUAAAUUUCAACGUAACUUUCAAAUACUGUAAUCAUUUUAUGCAUUUAAUUUCGAAGAGAUUCACUCGGAAUCCUUCUGCAAAUCCCUUAAAACUAUAUGAAAAUCUGUACAUCGCAAGUUCCGCAAAAUCUGAUCAGCAGGGUGUAAUCUGUUUGCGCCGUAGGACAGAAGUUGUAAAUUAACUGAGCGACAGGGACUAGUGACGAAUGUAAAAUGAAAGUAUUAACUGAUUGAUAAGGGAUAAAGGUAAGCUCAGUAUAAACACACGUCCCGUUUCCUCGUUUCAGUGUUUCUCAAAUUCCGAAACUUCCAGUUACCUCUCGUUACAAAACGCGAUGCUCACUUAUUAUUAAUUAUUUAAGAAACUCAUUAUAAACUAGAAAUUUCUUGCCCACCGUUCAACCGCAAACGGUUCAUCAGAAGAGAAACAAUCUGCCAGCGAAAUUCGUCGAAUUCAUCGAAUAGUAGUCGCCGAGAUCUAAUUAAAACCAAUAAACGCGAACAUAUGUUCCUAUUAAUCGAAUCGAGGGGUGAGUUAUCUGAAUGACAUUUAAUAUUUGGUCGCACAAAGAACACCGAUCACGAUUGUUUACCGAAGGUUUCCGCCCGCUAAACGCAUAACAAAAACCGAACACGUGUCAUCGUUUACUAAAGAAGAAACAGAAAACUUUCACGCGUGAAAUAAAGGACGGAAGAUGAGAGGCUUAACUGAAGUUCCUCGAUCGAUCUCUAUAUCCUGAAACUCGAGGAAAAUGGGUCUACGAAUCUCGGUAGGGUGUCCUUUUAUUAAUAUAUUUUAUUUUUUUCUCUUCAUUCAUCCGAUCGUUAAUUCUGUUUGCGAACGUGUCUGCAAUCUCAUUUCACUCUUCUAUCAACAUGAUCAUCACGAAGCCACGUCCGUGAAAUGCUUCCACCGAUUUUGACGCUUUCUUAUCGACUUUCCUCCCGCAACUUCAAGAUCGAAUGCAGGCUUAUAAUUUCGGAGAGCAAGAUUAGGAAUCGUUCUACAGUAGAAUCUUUUUAUGUUACGUGGACUUUCAUACUUCGGAGUGCUCGAAUCUUGAUAACGGGAUUAAUCGAAAAUGUUACGUAACGUAGAUAAAAAUAACGUUUGACGUAAAUUCCGUUAUUUAAUUUCGAGGACAUACAAAUCUAUGAAAUUUUAUAAAAUGCGAUCUAAAUGUGUCCGAAGCUCCGCGAAAGUAAUAUCUCUCUUUACAUCCCAGAAGAUACCUUGUGAGAACGUUUUAUAAAAGCCUGCGGUAAAUCCCCGUUUCCAACCAAUCUGAUUACACUUUUGCGAGACUUUAUUGCUUGUAAAGAUGAAUCUGUCGGGAAAAAAUGCUUGCUAUGUUAUACCGUUAACAUAAACGUCUGUGUCCUUUAUUCUGUUUACUCCCCCUCAACCCCAUUUUGAUUUUCAUUAUAUUUCUCUCGUAACUCGUUCAUGUGGAUUACUAUGACUUACCUCAUAGGUCGAAUUAAAAGCUGGGUCACUCUCGAACUAUUUUUCUAAACUUCAUGCAAGGUUUUGACUGUCGGACUGUCGUUGUUCUGAACGGAAAUUAUACGUCAACAAAUAAGUUAAAAUAUUAUUGGUCGAAUUAAGACCUGGGUCAAUCUUGAUUUAUUUUUUUAAAGUUUAUCGUGCAACAUUUUGACUGUCAGUCAGACUGUCGUUGUUCUGAACGAAAAUGUUCUAUAUAUCAACAAAUAAAAUAUUACUUCAUUGAUAGAAUUAAAACCUGGUCCUUCUUAAUUUAUUUUUCUAAGCUUCAUGCAAGGUUUUGACUGUCAGUCAGACUGUCGUUGUUCUGAACGAAAAUGUUCUAUGUAUCAACAAAUAAAAUAUUACUUCAUUGGUAGAAUUAAAACCUGGUCCUUCUUCAUUUAUUUUUCUAAGCUUCAUGCAAGGUUUUGACUGUCAGUCAGACUGUCGUUGUUCUGAACGAAAAUGUUCUAUAUUUCAACAAAUAAAAUAUUACUUCAUUGGUAGAAUUAAAACCUGGUCCUUCUUCAUUUAUUUUUCUAAGCUUCAUGCAAGGUUUUGACUGUCAGUCAGACUGUCGUUGUUCUGAUCGAAAAUGUUCUAUAUAUCGACAAAUAAAAUAUUACUUCAUUGAUAGAAUUAAAACCUGGUCCUUCAUUUAUUUUUCUAAGCUUCAUGCAAGGUUUUGACUGUCAGUCAGACUGUCGGAAAUGUUUUGUACGUGAAAAAAUAAAAUAUUGAAUAGGAGAAAUUGAAAGGCCGCAUCCCUCGUUCGAUGAUUGUUCGAUAAAUAAUAAAAUUGGUAAGAAUGAUCCUGUACGAGUAAAAAGAUCGAAGGAAGAAGGAUCCAUGAAAGGAUAGUGGGGAGGGUGAUUGGUGGGGUUGAACCUUGUGGAUUGGCUGCGCGAUACAGAGUUUUCAGCCGAGGGGAUGCGUCAGAGAGGGUACGUUCCCAGGUAUAUAUACUCCUGUCUGCAACUCGAACAGCCGAUACGAUCUAAAGUCCUGAAUCAUUUCACAGGAUACGGAGAACCAUACGUUGGAACGUUGGAUUGAUUUAUCGAAUUCCCAAACGUGAUUUCCUCUGAUCGCUAAAUUUUCCUUAGCCACGAUGCAAUCCAAAUGCACUUCGAACAACGUCUACAUGUUCGUCGCGCUUUUAACUUUCGGAAUCAUGAUCGUACAUUGCGAGCCGCAGCCAAUGGCUAGACCGACACGUCCGGAAGUGUUCACCAGUCCGGAAGAAUUAAGGAGAUACAUUGAUCAUGUCAGAGAGUAUUACACUCUUAGCGGAAAAGCCAGGUACGGAAAGAGGGGAAACAUACCAUUCACUGGAUUAGACGAUAACGACGGAUGGGAUACCGUGAGAACAAUCCUGGAAGUUCCACAAUCGUCGCAACGAACGAAAUUCGAGAAGCGGAUGCAAGAGGAAAAUCGAUUCGUUCGCGAAUUGGAAAACUCUAGCGACAGAAAGCAUUCUUCGAAAGUCGACGUUCGGCCAUGUCACACGCUAGGGAUAGUUGAACGAUACUAUGGUGACGUGCAAUAAACGAUUCAUUAAUUCGUGGGCUAUUGAUUUUGGAUUCGGAAAGGAUCAGAACUUUUACAACCUGAAGGAAAUGUUUCGAUGAGUUCUCUGCGAAAUAAGAUUUACAGUAAACAAUAAAUAAUAUUGCACAGUUUUACUUUUUCUUUAUUACCAACCAAAAGCAUCGAGAUGCU